ACAGGCUGACGAACAGCAGGGGUAUUUAAUUGCAGGACUAAAGUGAACGUCGAAAUAACAGGGAGGCCAUGUUGAAUUUUCAGGUACAUGGCGACACAAUGAAGUCAUCAGAAGCUACAUCGUCUCCUCCAGUCAAACCACUUCUUGAUGAGCCGCGCCUCACCGCCACCAUAGACACUGGGUAUGACAGACUAUACAGUGUUAGCUGUCUUAGUGAAGAACAAGUCUGGACACGUGGGAAUAAUGAAAUCAUGAAGCUCCUCAACCUCCAGGGUGAACCACUGGCAUCAAUACAAACCAAGUCGGGGAACAUACCACGGGACAUAGCACUGACACGGGACGGAGAUCUUAUUUAUAUUGACAAUUAUAAUAGAACUGUAAACGUAGUAAAGAAUAAUCAGAUACGAACCGUGAUUACACUACAAGAGUGGAUACCUGUCAAUGUAUUUAGUACUUUAUCUGCUGAUCUCCUGGUUACCAUGGUCAAUGAUACUGAAAAACAAUCCAAAGUUGUGCGUUACUCUGGCUCCAAAAUGAAACAAACCAUUCAGUUUGAUGAUCAAGAUCGUCCUCUUUAUUCAUCUGAUUAUAUUUAUAAAUACAUCUGUGAGAACAGGAACCUGGAUAUCUGUGUGGCUGACUGGUUAUCUAGUACAGUAGUGGUGGUCAAUCAGUCAGGAAAACUCCGAUUUAGAUACACUGGUCAUCCCUCGAACACUAAGAAGCCAUUUUAUCCAGUCGGCAUCACUACAGACAGCCAGAGUCACAUCCUAACAGCAGACUAUUUACAUGGUCGCAUCCACAUACUAGAUCAGGACGGACAGUUCCUCCGUUACAUUCACAAUUUAGAACGUCCAUACGGUUUAUGUGUGGACAUCAGAGACAACCUCUUUGUGGCUGAGUGUCACACUGCUAAAGUGAAGAAAAUGCAAUAUCUAUAAAGGUAGUGUCAAUCGCACAUCUUAACAGUGUUAAUUACAUAUCUAAGCAGAGCGAUAUCAGCUUGUGAAUUACAUCAAAAUGUUAAAUAGAGCGUUCUGGACUGUACAACACAUGUUUGUGCUGUGUAUUUAAAACGCACUUUUUUUGUGCUGAAGUGAUUGAACAUUGGUCUCUCAUUGCUGUUUACUAAUUAUAUUUCACUAGAUAUGUAUCAUUAUAUUUAGUGAAACAUUUAUCAUAGUAUGUUAAUUACUAAUUCACGGUGUCCCUAAUAGUUUACCUAUUCAUAUGCAAUGCUUUGAACUCAUGCGAAUCACUGAAUACGUUUCAUAAAGGUCAGAAUAUGUUUUUGUUUUGUUUUGUUUGUCAUUAACAAUUAAUUCAACAUUGUUCUUUUUGUUACGCGGGUAUAUUAAUAUAAUAUACCCUAAUCUGUUUCAUGUGGUACAUAUAUACAAACUGAAUAUACUGAGAACAUUA